AUGGGCCUCUCGAACCUCACCAAAAAGACCCUCACGGUCUCCCGCGGGUUCACCUACACCUACUACGUUCACCCCGCACAGGAGUCUAAGCCAACUCUCAUUCUAUUCCACGGAUGGCCCGAUGCCGCGCAGCUGUGGUCAGGCCUCAUCAAUGACUACCUGCUUCCGCAUGGCUACGGCGUCGUUGUGCCAGACUGCCUAGGCUACGGCGAAAGCUCCAAGCCGACGGACCCGUGCUCCUACUCGUGGCGGGAUAUGGCAGCCGAUGCGGUUGAGAUCCUCGAUGCCGAGCGGCUGACGACCGUGCUAUUUGCCGGCCAUGACUGGGGCAGCGCCCUAAGCCAGCGGCUGUACAACUUCUAUCCCUCGCGUGUAUCUGGCAUGAUCAAUGUGAAUGUUGCCUACAUGCCUCCGACCGGGCAAUUUGACCUGGACAUUGUGAACGAAAUGACCCGCCAACAGUACGGUUAUGGUAUCCUGGAAUACUGGUACUUAUUCACGGCGGAGGACGGCAUUCAAGCUAUGAACCAGAACCUUGAGUCUGUGUAUAGCAUGGUAUUUGGCGAUCCUGCGACCUGGCUCGAGACGAUGACCGUGCCUGGGGGUGCCCGCAAGUUUGUUUCUGAGGGCCGCACCCAACAGACGCUGCCAUUCGCGACGGCUGAGCACAAGGCGGACUUCAUGGAUCGACUCAGCAAAGAUGGUGGAUUCGCUGCGCCGAGCUGUUGGUAUAAAGCAUUUGCAUUCUCUGUGCAGAAUGAGGCGGAUCGGCUGGUGCCCGACGAGAACAAGGUGAUUAACGUGCCUUUGCUCUACUGGGGUGGAGAAGGGGAUGUUGUAGGCAGGCCUGACAGGCUACAGCCAGUUAUUGACGCAGGGCUGCUACCGGAUGUAACCAGCAUUACCAGGGAAGGCGGCCAUUGGGCGCUUCUUGAGAAACCGGCUGUGUUUGGAGAGGAUGUUUUGGCUUGGCUGCAAGAGAGAUUUAAGUAG